UUUGUCGGGCAUUGGGGAGCGGAAAGACGCCGAUAAUCCAUCUUGGGCUUUUGACAGUAAACCUAUGAGAUACUCCGUAAAACACCAAGCCAGAUAUUCAUAUCUGCACACAACAUGUGGUCUUCUUUAAACUGAUCAAGCAGCAAUCAAAGUGAAGUUCUCUUGGUGUCGCCUUCGACCGCCAUUUUCUGGAACCAAGCUCUCCAUCAUAACCGAGGAGUCAAGACCAAAGCCCGCAACGACAACCACUAUGUUGGUUUCACUGGCCCUCGCCCUGAUCCCGGCCAUUGUGGUCUACACACUGAUAAAAAACUAUUUCCUCCUGACGUCGAGCAUUCCGGGUCCGUUCGUGGCGCGCUUCACCGACGCGUACCGAGCGCUGUUGGUGUACCGACGCAGACCUCACGAGGUCCAUCUGGCGCUGCACAAGAAGCACGGCGAUUUGGUUCGCCUGGGUCCCAACUACGUCUCCGUCACCGGGUCGCGGACUUAUGUCCCUCAAAUCUACGGCAUCGGCAAGGGUCUCGUGAAGUCGGACUUUUACAGUGUCUUUCAGAACGUGGUCAACGGUCGACGAGCCGCGAGUCUGGUGGCCGAGACCGACGAGUCGGCUCACGCCAAGUCCAAACGUCUCAUCGCCCACGCCUACUCCUUGAGCACCCUGGUGGAAUACGAAGGGCUGGUGGAGAGGACCACCGUGUGUUUCUUGGACGCCCUGGAGGAGAGGUUUGCCACAACCCGUGGCGCGACAGGCGACAAAAAAUCCCGUCCCUCCCAGUCUUUGGACCUCGCUCGAUACCUACAGUUUUUCGCGUUCGACGUCAUUGGUGAAUUGACUUUUAGUCGACGUCUGGGCUUUAUUGAGUCUGGCACCGACGUCGACAACAUCAUGGCGGCCAUAGGAGCAAAUUUUUCUUACUUCUCCGUGUUGGGUCAGAUGCCGUGGUUGGACGAGACUCUGCUGGGUAAAAACCCAAUCUAUGUCAAAUACUUUCGAAAGAGUGUCAGUUCACCAAUCCUGAUCUUUGCUCAACGUCUACUCAAGGAACGUCUCGAGGAUUUGGAUGGUCAGGAUAAUACUGGUGGGGACGACAAAAACCGACAAGACCCAAAAGGAAAAGGAGGAGAGUCCUACAACAGACCAGAUUUCCUCACGAGGUUUCUCAAAGUACGAAAAGAGCAAAUGGAAAGUCACGACGAAGCUUUGUCGGAUGGUCAAAUCUUGUCCUACCUUUUCAUGAACAUCAACGCCGGCAGUGACACGAUAGCUUCAACACUCCGAGCCAUUUUCUAUCAUCUACUCAAGAAUCCAACGUCCCUGACGGAGCUACAAUCGGAACUCGAUGCUGCCGCCAGAGACAAAAAGAUUUCCGUGCCUUGCCCGACUUGGGUCGAGACACAAGAAAACUUGCCCUUUCUUUGCGCGGUGAUCAAGGAAGGUUUGAGGAUGAACCCUGCCUUGUCACUACCCUUGGAAAGAGUCGUCCCCGCCGAAGGACUAACACUCCGGCACGAAGACAACACCACGACAUCCUUACCCCCAGGAACGAUAAUCGGCAUCAACCCUUGGGUGUUUCAAAGAUCCACCGACAUCUUUGGGAAAGACGCAGAACGAUGGAACCCAACCAGAUGGUUGACCCCGGAAGAAAAAUCGACAAAAUCAAUGGAGCACAGUCUAUUGGCUUUCGGUGCCGGGAAAAGAUCUUGCCUGGGGAAGAACGUUGCCCUCCUGGAACUUCACAAACUCAUCCCGGCCAUGCUUUUGAAGUUCAACAUGACCCUGACUCACCCAGACCGGGAGUGGAAGGUCGAAAACGCCUGGGCCUUGAACCAAACCGACAUCGAGGUCAACUUGUCACUGAGGAACCCGAGGCGGAAUCCAGAGGAAUCAUAAUGAGAGAGUCAAUCAGGGAAUUGAUCCAACACAUACGAGUGCGUGUUUUGUUUUCGGGUGUUGGAACAGGGGCCGAAAAAAAAACAAUGCAGAUACUUCCAUCAUCUCAUAUCGGAAGGAUGCAACUACUAUCCGUACUCCCUGACGUGAACGGUGGUCUCAAAACGAUGACCGAAACCCACCAGAUUCGAUAACCUCGACCAACACUUUCAACGAGCGCCAAAUGUCUUCGUCCCAAGACCCUCUCAGAGCUCCCAUCAGCCUCCGACUUACAAUGCCCAUGCCGGUAUGGACAGUUCUAGCCCUGCUCCCUAGACCGUGCACGGUCGAGCAAACGGAGGGGAUGGAAUCACCGGUCUGGUCAUCAAGACCCAACAUCGCUCUCGCCUUUGCCGGGAUCCGCUGUAUAUUUGUAUUUCCAUUCAUAUUGUGGUGCACCACCACCUCUUCUCGACCUCCUCCUCCGUGCACACCGGGUUGCUCAGAUGCGUCCUCCAACUGUGUAAAGUAAAUAUCAAACAGAAUCCAUGCUACGAGACUCGACAAUAACGUGUCGGGCGCCGUUGGGAAGAUCUUCCCGAGUGUAUCGAUAUAAGUCUGGUCUGCCACGUCCGGCGAACAGACUUCGAGCACGGAUGAUGAAUCAAGCCGUGGCACUCCAUCAGGGUAAUUGAAAAUGGCCUGCGUGACGGCCCUGAGGAUUCUCUCCAUUUUUCGGCACCUCGACCGUGUUGCCACUUCUUCGGUGGGAGAAGACAGAUGGGAUGAUGGCUGGCCGACGAUAAGAUCAAGUCGAUCGUCUCGUUCGUGCCUCCUUGGGUUGAUGAAUGUCGAUGACUCUGAGCACGUCGACCACCUCCUCGCGGACACAGUGAAUGGAUCCGCCAAGCACGGCGACAUUUGCGAGCCGGCGACAUUGCAGACGCCAUGCCGGGACUGGUGACACAUCGGUCUUCUUUUUGGGUUACUCAAAGAUGCAGGCACAGGCCUUGGCUGUCCCGAAGAGUGCGCCAGUUGGACCUCAUCGGACGGAAUACAUGUUGUCGCAGCAAGAGAAUUGGGCUGAGUCAUUUGUGUCGCCACCUCCUCCCCCGGAGUGUCAUAGGGGCUGAAGGCAGAGAUCUCAACCGUCGAUUGUACUGGUGUCGAUGGACUUUGGGAAAUUUCAGGGGUCGGUGCUGAUCCCUUGCGACGGGACACUGGUCGCUGAAUCUGGACAAUUCUUGGUUUGCCAGAUCCAACCAGUACAGUUGCAACCAUCUAUGAACCGUCAGAUCGUGCCUCACUCAUCAAAAGACAGAGCUUGUACUCACAACUUGACCGUCCGCAUAUUCUGGGUCAUCCUGACUGCAAGGGUGCUCGACGAUUUGGAAGAACCUUGCCUUGAACCGCCUGCGUCUCUCAUCGUGAGAUGUUGUAUUCGCCAGCCAUCCCGACUCGUCCGAACAGACAAAGGCAUGUGAUGUCUGAUCGAUGGGGGUGACUGGAAAGGAGUCGGACGCAGUACUUUCAUCAUUGUCAUCGGCCUUGUCGUCCGUCACUGACUCGGCACACAUGAAAUCUCCGGUCGUACUGAUGGUAUCUUCCUCAUUGCAAUAAUAUGAAAAUAUUUGCAACUUGUCCAAUACAGCAUCAUUCAAGGUCUGACUUGCAGCUCGACUAUGAGAAAAUCCAAAGUAUGAGUCCGUUUCGUCUUUUGCGUCGUGCGUGAUGGGACUCGGAAGCGGGGACGUGACGGUACUGGCGGCAUGCUGUCGCGCAAGUCCACGGAGGUCAUCAGAGCUUGUGCCCGAUCUUCGAAGUUCUCUCGAGCACGGCGUUGCAGGUGACUGUUCAUCGCUCGUACGCGGAGUUUGCGUCAAUUUGGCCGGAAAAGGAGCUUUGAUCGGGGGCACUGAUGAUCCGGUCGCCAUCCUGCGAAACCGGGCCUGAAGUCCAUUUGCUUUGGAUCUCACCGACCGAGUUCGCUCUAGAAGCUUCGAAAAUUGCAGCCGGUGACCAUCGCACGUCGGAGGGUGUGCUCGAGGUGUCGAAGGGAUGAACGCUCUGUUGGCCAAAUAAUUCAUGAGGCAGGUUCGAGGGCGACUCAAGAGUCAUGUGAGAUGUAGAACCUGAUGUGUACAUUGUUGUCCCUAUGUGGGAAAUGAUUCAGUAUAGAUAAAAAGUGCCCGUCGAGGGGGGAACAGGGGAGGCAGGGGAAGAGGAAAUGCCAUGAACGCCGAGUCGAUAUAGAACGCGCAUCGUGUGUUGCAAAUUCAACUGUCAUGGCGUCUGGUCGAGUUAGCCGUGCGACCAGCCGCCUGUCUCAGACAUAAUUUCAUGUUUGC